GGAAUCGCGCCUUUUUACUUUUGUUACUGAAGGUCAAGAGAAAUUUAAAACUCUCAUAUUUCAAGGAAAUGUUCAUUAGAACCGCUUUUAUUUGAUUUUACUAAAACAGCUCUCUGUAAUGGAUAUGAAAUGCUCUAGACAUGAACAAAUGCUAAAUAUUAUAAGUGGAGAAAACGUAAAUAUUGAAGAACUUAAAAGAUUGUCUAUUGACGGUUGUCCCGAUUCUAAUGGGAUCCGUUCUAGAGUUUGGAAGUUCCUUUUAAAUUAUCUUCCUUAUAAUGUCGAAAAACGGCAAGAACGGAUCACUUUUAACAGAAGGCAAUAUGAAGGUUAUGUAAAGGAAUUUGUAUUUGAGUCUUGUGUGGCAGAUGCUAUGCCUGCUGAUCAUCCACUGAAUUUAGAACCAGAUGGAAAUUGGAUCGCGUUUUUUCGCGAUAAUGAAAUUUUACUCCAGAUUAAUAAAGACUGUCAGAGACUGUGUCCAGAUUUUGAUUUCUUUCGUCGUCCCACAGAGUAUUCUUGUCUAUCAUUAUUUGGAAAGGAAGUACCUGUUGGGGUGUUACGGAGAAGAGGGGAAACCUCUGCACUUCAGUCCCGUUCAUUGAAUAAAAAUCUUGCCGGUGUUACAAAUAUAAUUCAUCUACCUACCUACGCUCCUUUCCAACCAAGCCAUCGAUUAUCUUCUGGUUUAGUAACACAAUCACAAAGAAGUAAGAUAAACCGUAAAAGCGAUUGGAAUUCGACCUCACCGCAUCAGGAACCACAUUGGGAAGUGAUUGAAAGAAUUCUAUAUGUAUAUUAUAAAACUCAUGUGUCUCAGGGUUAUGUUCAAGGAAUGAAUGAAAUUAUUGCACCGAUAUACUAUGUUUUCGCCACUGACCCCGAUGAAUCCUGGAGAAAGUAUGCAGAAAUGGAUACAUUUUAUUGCUUCAAUAACCUUAUGACUGAAAUUCAUCCUAAUUUUCUACGAAAGUUAGAUGGUAGUCAUGAAGCUGGUCUAGGUGGGCAAAUGAAAAUUUUAUCGGACUUAUUAUCUAAAUUCGACAAUAAUCUAUCUAAACACUUUAAAAAAAUAGAACUUGUUCCGGAACAUUUUGCAUUUCGUUGGUUAAGCUUGUUGCUGGCACGAGAAUUCAUGCUUCCAGAGUUUAGAGUAUUGGUUGUUCGGAAAAAUACCCUUAUAUUAUGAUGAUUUGGAAUCCUUCUGAAAUUCCUUUGGUACAUGAAAUCACUACUACGUUAACACAUUCUUUUGGUUUGUCUUUUGUCUUUUAGAUUUUCUUCCUCACUUAUUCUUUUUAUAAAGUCUCUAUGAUAAUUAUUCAUUAUCAAAGUGAAUAUAACUAAAUUCAUUUCAGUUCAAUCGUUAAGAUUUUCAUAAAUAUGACUUUUCUCUCUUAAUGUCUUAUAUUACAUUAAAUCAUUGCUCAACUACUGUGAAACCACCCGUUCAAAUUUAGACGAACAUUUUUGUAGAUCAAAGUAACUGUUUUGUUUUUUAAAUAUACAGUCGUUUCUUUCUCGUGUGAUCAGAAUAAUAUUGAUUACAUUGUUAUAUUACGAACCCAGCUAAAAGUUACAAAAUUUUCAAUCUUGUUUACUUAUUGUCGUUUGAGUUUCUAUCUAAUUAUAAUUAAUUUAGAUUUUCUUUAAAACUAGUAAGCAAAUGUCUAAUACAUUCAACAAAUAUGUUAUGUAUAUUGUUUAACAUCCUUAUGUGUAUAUUGUUAACUGUACUUCCAGUUGAAUAUUAUUUACAUUAUUCAUGUAUAUUUUGCUUUCAAACAUAACUGUUAAAAUACUUUACAAGUUAGUGUCCAUUUUAAGUAAGGAACAUUACUUGCUCCUUUUUAAUUCUUAUUACAUUGGAGUAGUGUACUGUAUACGGAUAUGCGAUUGAUAAUCUAAAUAACAUUGGAAAAUGUGAUGUAAAUUACAACCACUAAAAAAGAAUCAAUUUAUUAACCCGUUCAGUGCACUCAAUUAAAUGGAUAUAAACAAAACAGAACUACUGUUCAAAAAAUUAUUAUUUUUGUAGUAAAAAUGGUUAAUACAAUGGUUAAUAAUACAAUAGUUAACACAAUUAAACAUAAUUAAAAUGUAUUGAAAAGCUUAGAAAAUUGUAAGGUAUCUAAGUUUUGUCUGGGUUAUUUACCAGAUAAUAAAAUUGAAAUCUUACUGUUACAUCGAAUUUUUAUUUUAACCAGAGACAUCACUUUUAAUUUCAAUCAAUGAAAAUUUUAAAAAGAAAUGUCUUGUACAAUUUUCAAACCAAUAAGUUGUUUAUUCAAAAGUGUGUUACCGUUACAUUUAGUUGAUACUGGCAUGAAAAAAAAAAAGAGAAUUUAGAACUACAUUCUUAGAAAUUAUAUUAUUGUACAUAUUUAAGCGAAACUUAUUAUGUAAACUCUUCAUCUCUUAUAAUGGUGCAACUGUAUUUAUGAGAAUAUUUUCAUCUCACUAAUUUAUACUGUGUGCAUUUUCAUCAUUAAAAGAAAUGACACAGAAAUCGACCAUAACUACGUAAUUUAAUGAUUUGUUGUUUGUGUUGUUAACUUUUGAUUUAUUUUAUGCUCGAGAAAAUUCAAUCGUAUACAAAGUAUUGAUUAGAAAUGAAUGAAUGGAAUUGUUUAAACUAAUGUUCAUUCAUUUUCAGUUUUGUUAUAUUCAUAUAUAAAACUGAAACUCAUAUUUGAACGUAUAUAUACCAUUUAAAGAAAAAGGCGAAUUACUUUUUAUUAAAUAGUAUAUUAUGUUAACACGUUUUAUAUCGUCAACUCUCUUGAAUACUAGUGAAACUGUUAAGAAGAAGGUGAACAACACUUAAUUACAUUUUUAAGUUCAGUUUCUAGCGUAUUUCAACUGGGAGGUUGGAGUUGGUUAACACGAAUACCAUUUUGCAUGUAUUCAAACCAUAAGUUCUUUAUUCAUUAUAUUUUGCUCAUAAGUAAAGAUACAAGUUAUUAGAUGUAAGUGUAGAUAACCUAACUGAAGAUAUUUUAUUCCCAUGUUCAUCCACUAACUGAAAUGUUAGUUCACAUUCAUACAUCUUGUAUAUAGAAUAAAUGAAGUGUGGCCACUAUUAGAAUCUGGGACUCAUGUUCUGUCGUAUUUGAGACACGUCGUCUGGAUAUACAUGCAUCCCAAAGUUGAUUUCCAUUCCUGGACUCGAACCCAAUACUGUUGGCUCCAGUCGCCAACGCGUUACCCACUUUAUUAUUGAGUCCAGAGAGCUGUUCGCUUGCGUCCCUGGUUUCACUCCUAGUCACAUUUCAUCUACUCUACAUAAACGUCAUAAAAACUACAUCGAGGUAAUCCGUCCACGAUGCACAUAUGUCAAUCAAGACUGAUCAAAUUUCAGUCAGUAUCGAGAUGAUCCAAGUCAGUACAAAUUAAUUUAAAAUUCACACAUCUUCUUGAUAUCUGAUACAAAUACAUAAUGUUCUUUGAAGUGAUGUUCUGUUUUGGUGUUUUCUAUCUAGCACAUUCUGAUCACCCUACUUAUUGUUCAUAAUUAACACCAAUUUUGGUCUUUUCAUAGAUAUGAAAUUGGUUUCAAUUACAUUUCAGUAUUCUACUCGUAUUUAUCUAUUGUGUUACAGAUGUACUCCUAUUAUGGGAUACACUUUUCUCAGAUCCACACAGGUUCAACUUACUUCCAUAUGUUUGUUGUUCAAUGUUAAUGUAAGCUAUUUCUAUCUAUAAUUUUGUUGAGUUAUUUUUCACUUUAGUAAAUAAUGUUCAUUUCAAAUUGUUAAUAGUGUUUGGCUGACAAAUAUAUCUUCAAUUUGACCUAUUUACUUAGAAUUUAGUUUAUUCAGAUUACAAUCUAAUAGAAUUGUAUUAAACUUCAUAGUAAUGCAUACCUCAUUAAUAUACGUAGAGUAAUAGAUCUUUGUUAACCAAAAUAUUUAGUUCAUUGUAUGAACUUCUUACUAGUUACAGUUCAUAUAAAAAUUGUUCUGAGUCAUUUCAGUGGCUGUUGUUGUCUAAUUCUAAAAAUUAUCUAGAAAAAUUGCAUUUUAAUAAUUUACUAUCUUACAUAAUUUAUAUUUGUUGAUUAAUCCGUUUUAAUAGUAUUUUAUUUUUUUCUUUUCAACCAACAAUUACUUGAUAAAGCAGUUGGUCAACGUUAUUGUGAUCUAUUUAUUUCCUUGAAGUUAAACCGUUUUGUUCAGAUAUUUUGAGUAUAUUAUUCAGAAUUUUCCAGUUUAUGUUAUAUAUCUUUGGAAUAUGACGGUUUAUCAAACAUGAAACUUCAUCUUUUAAUUGACAUUGUGUCUAUACAACUGAAUAAAUAUAAAAUUUCAUAGGAUUUUAAUGGACUGAUGGGUGGAGGCUUUGAUGACAACAUAAUUAGUUUACACACUUAUAAAGAUUAAAUAGUUUUAGUGCAUUAAUCAGACAUUAACUAUUAACCAAUGUUAUGUUUUACGGUGCCCAGAGUACUAAGAAUUAGACAACAUGGCAUAUGUUUCUAUUUAUUUCUUCAGGAAGUUAGUAACAAAAUCAAUAGAUCAGUUACAUAGACGACUCCAGUACUAAGCGAUGCUUCCUUGAAUCCUCGGAUCAACCGUUAAUUAUUUAAAGGGUAGACAAAGUUUUGGUGAUGAUUAUUAAAACGUAGACUAAAGCUUACCACCAAUAGCUUCCAAUAACACAACAUUAAAUAUUCUGUCAGUAAAUGCGCUAUCGAUUGUCAACUAAGAAUCGAUACGUUUAUCAAUAAAUGAGUGAUUUCAUGUUUUAUUAAUUAAUUAAAAGUGAACAUUUAAUUACCAAACUGGUUAGCUUGAGUAUAACUUUGUUUUCCUGUGCUUACUACUCUCAAGGGGUCGAUUCAUAUUUAUUAUCAUCUUUAAAUGAUUUAGUUUCACAAUCUAAUUGUUCUAUAGUUUUAACGAGUUUUCUUAUUUCUUCUUCCAAAUCGACGGCUUCUUGUUUGUUUGUUACGUCAGAUAUUGCAGAUUUCUAUAACAAUUACCUUCAUUAGAGCUUCAUUGGUUUUCAUCUCAUUUAAAAAUGCUUCUGGUCACUAUUAUUCCCAUUUGUACUUUUUAAAAAAAAUUACAUUUAAAUCAUUUUUGCAAUGAACUUAUUUUUUGAUUAUAGUCGAAUCAUUAAUCAGAUACAAAUUCAUAUAAAUGACUUCAAUUUAUACCGUAAGUAUGAAAGGUAGUAAUACUAUCCGACUGACCGUGCUGAAGCAGAUAUAUUAGGGUUUGAAUCUGAGUCCUACUGGUUAAAAGUCGAAUGCUGUUACCACUAAGCCACAGCUUCAUAACAAUUCAACCCUUUGUAUAAAUUUGAUGUUAACGCUAAUUCACAUCACGGUUAAGUUGUUAUUUUUAUUUCUUUAUAAAAUGAAAUGAAUAUCUUUAAGUUAAAGCAAUGUAAAAUAAAUAGUGAUCAAUGUACUGAUAGAGUCAAAAUUAAUGGUUAUAUGAGGACAAAAUAAUGAAAUGGUUGAUUUUUCUUAGAAACUUUAGUAUCCAUCUCGUAGAUUUUCAAUUUUCUCUACGUUGUUAUUUAUAAUUAUUGUUUUUAUUGUUUUCAUUUCGGCAAUUUUUUUCUUUUAAUUACAAGUGGUAUUCGUGAUCAACUAUUGAAAGCUGAUUUUCCUACGGCUGUUCAACUUGUUCAAGAUUAAAAUAAAAGGAGAAAUUAACUUUAUAUGCAAUUAUCCAUCAAAUAUCGAUGUAAUGCAUAUUCUUUUGAAAGCCAGAACGUUUUAUACAGAUCAUCGGAUUUAAAUCCUUCUCUUUCUAACUGUCAAAUGAUUUUUGUUAUUACCACCUAUUCUGAACAAGGAAUAAAAGUGUAAAUGUGCAUUUUUUUAAAAAAAAUGUGUGUACAUGUGCGCAUAUGUUCGUACCUACCUAUUCACGAGUUUUUUUCCCCUCUCUCUCUCUCCCGUUUAUUAAUUUCAAAUAUUUCUUUAUUCCUAAUGAACAUCAGUUAUUUGGUGAUUUAUUACAUAACAACUUUUCUAUAAUUUUUAUAAUGAAAAUUACUGUUAUUGUUAUAAUUUAUUUCAUAUCAAAUUUGUAAUAUGAUUUAUAAAUAAAUGACUUACAUUUUUUUUGUCUCUUUUCUCCGCUUCAUAUUAUUUCUUAAUAAAGUGUUAACAUGAUUGAUUUGUAUUAAUGACUUUGUUGUAUUCUAUUCGGUUACUAUAUCUUCAUGAUAAUGUACUCAUGAUUUUUUCUCUUUAUUUCUAGUUGAUUAUUAAACUGUAAAUGAUUGUUUGAAUAUUGCGACAAAUUGUUCAAGACAGUUAUUAUUUUUCUUUCUGAUUUUCUAUUUUCACAAUGAAUAUUAUUAUUAUUUUUUGAUUUGAAAACAAUGAAUUAAAUCCUCAUUUUAUAACAAUAUUGUUUAAAUAUAUAUGUGUGGUUUCAAAGAGAAUGAUUUAUAUUAUAUAUUUAUGCGAAGUG